AUGGCUGAGACGCAAAGAAAGUUCAAGGCGAGGGGCCUGUUACGUGAGUGCAGCAAGGAGCCAAGCGAUGGUAAAUUCCUCCACCACCAUGCGACAGUCCUCUACUCCAGCGUACAUGUCAUGUGCAACAUCCCUGCUGGGGCACAGUUCGGCCCGUGCAUCCUUCAGAACACGUUCCAUGACACCAUCGCCUUCAUAGCGCUAAAAUCCAGCGACAAGAGAAGCAAAUCAUACGUGUUCAGGGUGGGCCCCGAGGCUAUGCGGAGUUCUGCUCUCGUGCUGUCCUGGCUGCGUCUGGUGCAAGUGGCACGUCACCGGGAGGAGCAGAACACCGAAUCGUUCCUGAAGGGAGGCCAGCUGUAUUUCCGGACCACUAAGGAAAUCCAUCAGGAUGAGGAACUGUUGGUGUGGUAUGACCAGGAGCUGUCACAUCUACUGGGCUUCACUGACAUCUCAACCAGAGGACAUAAUGCCGGUGAGAGACUUGGGAAAGUGCUAUAG